GACGGCCUCGUCGUCGUCACUCACAACCCGCUCGACCUCACCCGGCCGCCGCCGCACCUCGGGUCCGGCUUCACGGACGUGUGGCGCGCGGUGCCAAGCCAAUCUGGCGACGCGAGCGCGCCGCCCGAGCUGGCGCCGCUCCGCCGGCUGCGCGAGCACACCGCGCCGCUGUACGCGUGUGCGAUCGGGGGCGGGCUGAUUGCCACCGGCGGCGACGACAACACCGUGCGGCUGUGGCCGGCGGGCACCGAGGCGGAGCGGGUGUAUUGGCUGGCGCUGACGGACGUCGCCGUGGCGCUCGGCCGCAUCGGGCUGCAGAGGUACUCCGCCGCCUUUGACGCGGCGGGGUACCUCGACCUCGAGUCGCUCCAACGGAUGGACGCCUCGCAGCGGGCGGAGGUGGCCAAGGCGACGGGGAUGAAGCACGGACACGCGCGUAAGUUUGAGAAGUAUGGCCUCGACGCAAGCGCCCCGUCGUACUACAGCUACAGCCGGUGGAGCAACGACGCGGGAGCUUCUCUGCAGACGCUGCAGCUGCCGGGCAAGGCGCGCGCCCUUCAGCGCAGUGAUACCACGCGUCUCUCCGCCCCGCUGGCCGAUGGGCAAAGCUUGGCCGCCGCGGUCCCACACUCCCCGCCCUCGCGCUGCAAAGGUGUGGGCCCUCGCGCUCGACUGCCACCUGCUCGUGGCGGGAGGAGCCCUCUCGGCGGACGGCGAGGGAGGCCACAUCUGCGUGAUGCUCUUCGACGUCGCUCGCCUCGCCGCCGGCCGCGGCGCCGCCACCGCGCUGCGCACGCUGCGAGCGCAGUCGCACGCGCGCCAGUGGGGAGUGCGCUCGGUGGCGACGCACGGCGGCACCGCGGUCGUGGCGGGCGGCGACGACGGCGUUGUGCACGUGUGGACGCUGGCGGAGAAGGGGAAGGCCGAGGGAGAGAUGGAGAGCGGACGAGUGAGUGAGGUGUGAGCGACGGACGUGUCACAAGUAACAUCACACACCGUGUCGCGUGUGGGUUUCCUCAUACCGCGUA